AGGAGGUACUUCAGCCGCAGGCACAGAGAGCAACGGAGGGACCACAGGAAGAACGAAAGAAGAUGAGUGCAGCAAAAUUGGAGUUUCUGUGCAUAAAGAGGCAGUCGGAGUGCUUUUGAGAAAUUGAAAGGAGGUAGGAAAAGAAAAAGGGAGUCAAGCCAAUUGGCAUCAUUUGAGUUAUUCAGCUCAGCUCUAAAAAGCUGCCUGGACUCAAAAACCGCACAGGGCCUCUCGUGCUGUCAACAACUGCAGCGUGGAUGGUCUGCAAGAGGAGUCCAAAAGUAUUAGGAUUUAUCACUGGGACUCAGCGUUGACACUGGACUCUGUUAUCCUUCCUGGCUCUAUGCAGCAUUAAAUGUCAAUAGGGCACUACAAUGGGCCUGCAGGAUGGAGAAUGACAUUAACUUCUACAAACACUUUGCUUGGCUGAGAAAGGUAAACCACCAGUCAUCAGACAACAGUGAGUCCUACCAGGACCGUUUAUCACGUCUGGAGGGAGACAAAGAAUCUCUCAUUCUGCAGGUGGGUGUGCUGACAGACCAGGUGGAGGCUCAGGAGGUAAAAAUCAGCGACCUGCAGAGUUCGGUAGUGGAGCAUCGACUCAAACUCAACGCCACAGAGGAGAUGCUGCAACAGGAACUUGUGCAUAGGACGUCACUGGAGAAGCAGAAGCUGAGUCUCAUGGGGGAGGUGUCCUACCUGAAACUGAAACUGGCAGACAUGGAGGAGAAACAAGGCCAUGGGACAGAGAGGCAGCACAAAGCAGAGAGCGUUGUCAAUUUCAUUAGUGAGCUGCAGGAGCAGAUGUGUAGGUUUCAGAAGGAGAUCAAUAGCAAGAUCCAGGAGAAAAAAGCCUCUGAGAAUCCAGCUGACAGUGGCUCACCAGCGCCGUGCCCCGCCCCCUCCACGUCCCCUGAGGACUCUCACGCCAACCACUCAUGUAACACAGCUACAGAGGCUUUGCUGAGGGAGCUCAAGAGUCUCAAGGACAAGGUGGAACGCUUGGAAGAUGAGAAGUUAGAGUAUGAAAAAAGACUCAACGCCACCAAGGUGGAAAUCAGUAGCCUUCAGCAGCUUCUCCUCAGUAAGGAUGCUGAGAUUGAGAGCCUGCAUAAUCAGCUGCUGGCGAGACCUCCACUCUCCACUGAGAGCUCUGAGAGAGAUCUGGAGCUGCAAAGGCUUAAGAGUGACAUUAAAUCGUUGGAAGCAGCUAAUGAUGAAAAGGAUCGGCGGCUUGAAGAGCUCACUCUGCUGUUAAACCAGUGCAGGCAAUUCAGAGAUCUGCCACACAACGCAAGGCAAGCGCCACCUGCUGGUCGUUCGCUGUCAAACGGAAGGACAAAUUCCAGUAGCAGUGAGGAAGAGGAGCAGGGGCAGAGGAAGAAUGCUGACUCUGUCAGUGCAAAGUCUGAAGAUGUAAAGUCAGAUGUUUCCACAACCAGUGCUUCCUCUCAUCAAACGUCUCUUGCGUCUCAGAAGAACAGUGACUGCAGGCCGGAGACACAGACAUCAUCAAGUAGCAUGAAUGAUUUAACAAAUGGCCAGAAACAAAAGAGGGACAGUCGGAGCCCGAUGCUGCCUGCCCGCUCGUCUCCCACCGAGAGCAGCACUGAGCGAUCACCAGAUGACAGUGAAGAUGGAGACUCCAGCCAAAUUAAGCUGGGGAAAGUGAACAACGGCACUGGGACAAAUUCACCACCAGGCCAGAGAGCUGUGGGCUCACCAGAAUACAUGAAGACUAACCGGAGCCUCAAGAGACUGUGGGGAAAACUUCGAAGAACUAAUUCUGGAGGAGUCCAGGCAGUGGACCCAGAUUCUGGUCCUUUUAGAAGAGGGGGUUUCCGUGCCACAGCAGGAGCCAGACUGACUCGUACCCCUGAAUCUCAAGACUCUGCAUGUGACAUGAAUCUGCCGUUCAGCCAGUGGAGCAGGGAGCAGGUUUGCAGCUGGUUGGAGGACUACGGACUGGGCCAGUAUGUCAACCUUACUAGGCAGUGGGUUGAAAGUGGCCAGACGCUAAUUGCUGCCACACCUCAGGAUCUUGAGAAGGAGAUGGGAAUGAGGCACCCUCUGCACAGAAAAAAACUGCAGUUGGCAUUGAGGGCAUUUACCAGUAAAGUGACAGAGAAGUCAGCAGACCUGGACCACAUCUGGGUCACUCGAUGGCUGGAUGAUAUUGGCUUGCCUCAGUAUAAAGACCAGUUCCAUGAAGCCCGUGUUGACGGCCGCAUGAUACAAUACCUCACAGUGAAUGACCUCUUGAGCUUGAAGGUGACGAGUCAGCUCCAUCAUCUCAGCAUUAAAUGUGCCAUCCACGUCCUCCAUGCAAACAAGUUCAACCCCCAUUGCCUACGUCGCAGGCCUGGAGAAGAGAAGCAGCCUUCUCCCUCAGAGGUGGUGCAGUGGUCAAACCAUCGUGUGAUGGAGUGGCUUCGAGCUGUUGAUCUUGCAGAGUAUGCGCCUAACCUUCGGGGCAGUGGUGUACACGGUGGACUGAUCAUCCUGGAGCCACGCUUCAGCCCAGAGACUUUGGCCCUGCUGCUAAAUAUUCCUCCACAAAAGACUUUGCUACGGCGCCACCUGGCCAUGGCAUUUGCAGCCCUAGUGGGGGCUCAGGCCACACAGGAGAAGAAAGAGUACGGCAAUGCUACAGGCCAUGUGCCCCUCACUACCACAGCUAAAGUGAAGCCCAAGAAACUUGGCUUCACCCAAUUCAGUCACCUCAGGAAGCGGAAACCUGAUGAUUCAGCAGACUAUAUCUGCCCAAUAGAGGGAGGAGCUCUGAGCUUCAAAGGGUUUUCUCGCCUGCCCUCCGCAGCGCUCAAGAGCAUCAGCCCCAACUUGGACAGACAACCCAAGAAGCAGGAGCCCGGGGAGGGGAAGAUGUGGCUGACCCCCACUAACAACUACUAAGAAAUACCGUGUUCAACUUGACACCAGACGUGCCUGAAAAAAGCCUUUUGCUGGAUGCUAUGAAAUCCAAAUAAUGUAUUUAAAAUCAUUUUUGAAAUGGUCAUGAAUGUGUGACAUGUUAAGUGAAAGCUGCUCUUUGCAUUCCUUUUACGAUUAUUCCAAAGCUUCCCUUUCGCCACUUUGUAGGUUUUAUCUGUCGGAUCUAUAUCUCUAUAGAUACAGAUCAAUCUAUUAUAUAUAUUUAGAUGAUAUGGUGCUCUUUUCUUACUCAACACUAUAACAUUAUGCCUUUUUCUAUAUGACAUUGUUAUGCAAUCUUCAACUAAGCCCAGUCAUAAUGCUUCCUCGUUCUUUUUUCAGGUUCACAGUUUUAAAGGGUCUUGUUAAAGUCUAGUUGUCUCAAUCAUGCAGAUAUUUUUACCUUGUGUGCCUUC